AUGUUAGGCAGCAGGGGUUUGACGUUCAAACCAAGCAGAGUCAACAAGACCACCAACACACCAGUCAACAAGACCACCAACACAACAGUCAACAAGACCACCAACACACCAGUCAACAAGACCACCAACACACCAGUCAACAAGACCACCAACACACCAGUCAACAAGACCACCAAUGCACCAGUCAACAAGACCACCAACACACCAGUCAACAAGACCACCGACAACACAACAGUCAACAAGACCACCAACACAACAGUCAACAAGACCACCAACACACCAGUCAACAAGACCACCACCAACACACCAACCACCACCAACACACCAGUCAACAAGACCACCAUAGCACCAGUCAACAAGACCACCACCAACACACCAGUCAACAAGACCACCAACAACACACCAGUCAACAAGAUCACCAACAACACACCAGUCAACAAGACCACCAAUGCACCAGUCAACAAGACCACCAACACACCAGUCAACAAGACCACCAACAACACACCAGUCAACAAGACCACCAACAACACAUCAGUCAACAAGACCAUCACCAACACACCAGUCAACAAGACCACCACCAACACACCAGUCAACAAGACCACCAACAACACACCAGUCAACAGGACCACCACAACAGACCAGUCAACAAGACCACCAACAACACACCAGUCAACAAGACCACCACCAACACAACAUCAACAAGACCACCAACAACACACCAGUCAACAGGAUCACUUCAACACACCAGUCAUCAAGACCACCACCAACACACCAGUCAACAAGACCACCACCAACACACCAGUCAACAAGAUCACCAACAACACACCAGUCAACAAGACCACCAAUGCACCAGUCAACAAGACCACCAACAACACACCAGUCAACAAGACCACCAACAACACACCAGUAAACAAGACCACCACCAACACACCAGUCAACAAGACCACCAACAACACACCAGUCAACAAGACCACCACCAACUCACCAGUCAACAAGACCACCACCAACACACCAGCCAACAAGACCACCAACACAACAGUCAACAAGACCACCAACACACCAGUCAACAAGACCACCACCAACACACCAGUCAACAAGACCACCACCAACAAACUAGUCAACAAGACCACCACCAACACACCAUCAACAAGACCACCAACACACCAAUCAAUAAGACCACCAGUCAACAAGGCCACCAACAUACCAGUCAACAAGACAACCAAAACCACACCAGUCAACAAGACCACCAACACAACAGUCAACAAGACACCCAACAACACACCAAUCAACAAGACCACCAACACACCAAUCAAUAAGACCACCAGUCAACAAGACCGCCACACUACCAACAGGACCACCACCAAUACACCAGUCAACAAGACCGCCACACUACCACCAAGCCACCUACAGAUAAUAAAGAGACAUAGAGAGACAUGGAAAUAUAUGGAGAGACAGAAAGACAUGGAGAGACAUGGAAAUAUAUGGGUGGAGAGGCAUGGAGAGACAUGGAAAUAUAUGGAGAGACAUGGAAACAUAUGGAGAGACAGAAAGACAUGGAGAGACAUGGAAAUAUAUAGAGAGACAGAAAGACAUGGAGAGACAUGGAAACAUAUGGAGAGACAUGGAAACAUAUGGGUGAAGAGGCAUAGAGAGACAUGGAAAUAUAUGGAGAGACAGAAAGACAUGGAGAGACAUGGAAAUAUAUGGAGAGACAGAAAGACAUGGAGAGACAUGGAAAUAUAUGGAGAGACAUGGAAAUAUAUGGAGAGACAGAAAGACAUGGAGAGACAUGGAAAUAUAUGGAGAGACAUGGAAACAUAUGGAGAGACAGAAAGACAUGGAGACAUGGAAAUAUAUAGAGAGACAGAAAGACAUGGAGAGACAUGGAAACAUAUGGAGAGACAUGGAAACAUAUGGGUGGAGAGGCAUAGAGAGACAUGGAAAUAUAUGGAGAGACAGAAAGACAUGGAGAGACAUGGAAAUAUAUGGAGAGACAGAAAGACAUGGAGAGACAUGGAAAUAUAUGGAGAGACAUGGAAAUAUAUGGAGAGACAGAAAGACAUGGAGAGACAUGGAAAUAUAUGGAGAGACAUGGAAACAUAUGGAGAGACAGAAAGACAUGGCGAGACAUGGAAAUAUAUGGAGAGACAUGGAAACAUAUGGAGAGACAGAAAGACAUGGAGAGACAUGGAAAUAUAUGGAGAGACAUGGAAACAUAUGGAGAGACAGAAAGACAUGGAGAGACAUGGAAAUAUAUAG